AUGGUGUGCGCACGAGUUUACAGCGACGCAGCUCUGCAUGCGGCCUUGCUGCUGACGGGCGCGGUGUUCGUCUGGUUUUGGCUCGCAGAUCACAUCCGAGGACGCGUGUGGGUGCUGUUGGUACUGCUGUGGGCGAUGUUUCACCUGUGGCGCUUGAUUCGAAGCAGAAGCAAAGCUGACGAGCUCGUGGAACCACCGGAACAAGAGGAAGAAGAGGACAAAGCUUUUCAAAUUGAGGAGGCGCGAAUGCAGGCGUGGAGGUCGCCAGCAGGAGCCGAAGUGGCCGCGAGGGUCAUUCGCAACGACGAGCUGUUCCGCCUCAUCAUGACGUUCAAGCGCGGGCUGCCGAAUCUGGUGCUGGAGUUUGAACGCGCUAGUAUGGACGACUGGUUCGACCUACUUGAGCCCCAAGACGAGUGCCCCGAGCUGGGGAUGCUGCCAAAGUUGGCCAUCUGGAAGAACAACUUCCGAGUGUUUCGCAUGCUCCAGGACUUGCAGGAGUUUUCGUAUUAUCGACGAGACCCAACGCUGAAUUUCGGCGACGUGAGGCGGUUUGCGGCGGUUAACGGUAGACUCGAUGUUUUGGGAUACCUGCACUUGUACGGGGAGAGCGCCCCGAGCUCGCAGUGGGAUCCUCAUUUGCUCAAUGAAGCCAUUUACGCAGGGCAGCUGCGUGUUCGAUCCUCAGCAGCAGGCAAUUUAGAGCUACUCAAGUUUCUGCACGAAGAGAUAAAGCAGGGUUUCACUACGGGGGCGAUGAACCUCGCUGCUGAAAGAGGACGGCUUGAUAUCGUGCGCUUCCUUCACGAGAAUCGUACGGAAGGAUGUACUGUGAGAGCCAUGGACGGUGCUGCACGCAAUGGCCACCUGGAGGUUGUUAAGUUCCUACACGAGAAUCGCACUGAAGGCUGCGCGAUGAACGCCAUGGACGCAAUGGACGCUGCAGCGCAGCUCAAUCGCAUCAAUAUCGUUGAGUUCUUGCGAAUAUAUCGGCACGAAGGUUGCUCGGAAUGGGCGAUGGCUGAGGCGGCUGCGAAUGGGCACAUGGACAUGCCCAUGGCGACUGCUGGAACGGCUGCGACGGCCACAGCAACUGCUGCAACGACCACAGCGACUGCUGCGACGGCUACAGCGACUGCCGCGACGGCUACGGCUACUGCUGCGACGGACCGGACGGCACCGACAGGCACGGCGACUCCUACGACGACGGACCUGCCACUUGCUCAGGCAGCGGCUAAGCGUCCUGCAGCUACGAAGCCUAUACAAGCGACGAAGGCGGCUCCUGAGACUCUCCGGCCGUCUUCACCGAGGACUGCCGUUGCUCCGGCCAAGGUGGCAAGAGCUCCAAGAGCUGCUAGCAAGGCGACAAGGUGUGGAGCGGCGGCCAAGUGCAAGGCGAUGACGUCCAGGGCGCCUUCGAAGCCAACCAAGAAGGCAACGGUGACGCCAGCGGAUCUUCCGGAGAAUACAGCAGAAGAUGUUCCGGAAGAGGCGAUGGAUGUUGCGGAGACUCCCAACCAUGGCGUACCGGAGACGGCGGUAGUGACAGAGGAUGCGGCUGAACCAGGCGUUACGGAGGGGCAGAGUACAGCGCGGUGCGUUCCAGAGAUGGCCAGCGCUGUUCCGCUUGACGACGUUGACUUGGACAGCUUCUUGAUGCACAGCGGCGUCAUCGGCUCUUCGCCGAUGCUGAUCAGGAUGACCUCAAUGUUGAAGAAGACGAUUGGACCCUCUUGCUCUACUCGGAUGCUAGAGGUGGCGACGAAACCAUUGCGUGGGGUCAAGCAUGGAUUAUAG